AUGUCAAUGAUGGGAGAGCUUACAUACUUCCUCGGGCUUCAAAUCAAGCAGAAUGAGGAAGGUACAUUCAUCUCUCAAACUAAAUAUUGCAAAGAAAUCCUUAAAAAGUUUGAGAUGUACAAGUCUAAAGAAGCGUCUACUUCCAUGGGAACAUCAUGUUACUUGGACAAAGAUGAGUCAGGUAAAGAGGUAAAUCAAACCAAAUACAGAGGUAUGAUUGGUUCUUUAUUAUAUCUUACUGCUAGUAGACUUGAUAUUUUGCAAAGUGUUUGUGUGUGUGCUAGGUAUCAAUCUAGUCCUAGGGAAUCUCAUCUUACUGCAGUUAAGCGUAUUUUAAAAUAUCUUAAGGGAACAACAUCUUUUGGCUUAUGGUAUCCUUCAGGAGAUGAACCUAGUCUUAUAGGUUUUUCAGAUGCUGAUUAUGGAGGUUGUAAGAUAGAUAGAAAAAGCACUAGUGGAACUUGUCAUUUUCUAGGUAGCUCUCUAGUUUCCUGGCACUCUAAAAAACAAGCUUGUGUAGCCUUGUCAACCACUGAAGUUGAAUACAUUGCUGCGGUUCGUGAUGGGAUUUUUUACACAAGGGUCAAAGGUGCAGACAUUGUCUUGGACAAUGAUAUUUGGAUAAAUGUGGCAAAAGUUCCUGUAUUAGAAAAUUCACCGAUUGUUCCCAGUGACUUUGCCCAUUUCAACAAAAUAAUGGUGUACCAGUCGUUUCUCCGCAAUCCUCGUCAACACAACGCUCGUCUGCUAGAGGACUAA